CGUAUUCCCUCUCCUCCACCCAAUUUUGUCUCCUUUCGAGAAGUCGAAGUCGUCCUGCCAUCGCAUACUCCUCGUCAAACCCACAUUGUCAGUAGUCAGUCCGCCGUAUGCGACAGACAACUUACAGGUUCGUCACACAGUGGACCUGCCGGCGACUGUCUUGUCUUCAACCCGUCUCAUCUUGUCGAAGCCCGGUGGAAGGGGAUUGAGCCGAACGUCAUGGCCACUCAUAUCCUGACUUUUCACUGCCCUUUCUGAGGGCGCUAGGGAGGGGGUUGAACCUUCUAGGGGAUCGUAGGGCCACAGCGCGCUGUAAACAGUCCGCUGAGAGAUUCCGUAGAGAGCGUGUCGGUCCGCGCUCUGCUGCCGCACUCUCUGGUAUUCUGCGAGUAUUCAGUGUGAAGUUUUUCAGUUGCGAAUUAUGUGAAGAUUUUGAGUUUUUGUUUAUAUUUUUUCAUGAAUUUUGUGAAGUGAGGAGUUACUCUUUUUAAUUAUGAGAAGCAAGAGUGUCCCUGUGAAUAUUUUUAUCAGAAAGAUCAACACGUUUUUGGGGGAAGGAGGAGAGGAAGGGUCCCCGGAAGAAGGGGAAAAGUUGGAGGGGGACGACGAUUUGGAAUCGAUGACGCCGACUUCGGCUGCUUCUCCGGCACCAAAUGAAGACGAGGUUUCUUCACCGCCUCCUGGAGACAUUCUAAGUCCCCAUAGUCCUAGGUCGCCGGUAGAGGACACGAGAAUUUGCAGGAAUUCUCCGCCUCGUUGCAACUCCCAUGAUUCUGCAGAUUCCCCAUCUCAUCCCCGGUCUCCACCAGGUGAAUCAGAGAUGAUGUCCGAACGAGCAGCUUUACUUCGGGGCAUACCUUUGGGUACGUCCCUAAGCCCCGUGGGAGUCGCCCUACCACCGACGAUACCUGGUGCUGCAGCUUUUUUGCCGCCGCAGUCAGCCGCCAUGGCUGCGUAUCUGAAUGCUGCUGCUGCAGUCGCUCAACAGUCUCAUCGGCUAAUGAUGACAUCACCUCUACCGCCGAGCUUUCCUAGAGCUCCUAUUUCUCCGUUGAUAUCGUCUUCCUCAUCACCACCAGGAGCUUUCAAUCACUCUCCGGUCGAACAGCCUAUGCACUCGCCUACUGGUGAUGGUAUUUUGGACUUUAGCAAGCGAAGUCAUAAUAAAAGUGAUACUGGUGAUAGCGAUUCCGAUCUUAACUUUGGCAAACCAAGUUCUCCGGUAAUGGGAGAAACAGGAGCUCCUUUGGACUUGUCAGUGAGCAGCCGAAAGCGUAUAUCAGAAGAAGUGAUGACGCAACCGUUACCCAGGAAACAGAGGACUGAGUUUAAGCCAACGCUUCCGCAGUGGCCACCAAAUCUUGGCGCGUCUCACUUACCGUAUUUUGCAGCGGCAGUAGCUGCGGCUGGCUUAUCUCCAAAAAACAAUUCUGCAGAUCUUUGGAACGGUAAAAUGAAACAUGUACCUUCAGCUCCCAACGAUGCUACUAAAGCUCUAGAGAAGAUGAGCGAAUUAAGCAAGCUUGGUGGCGAAGACCUGUUCCGAACGAUAGCAAAUGCAGCUCCAGUUAAUUCAGCGAGCAACAGACACAGCGCUUGGCAAUCUCAUUGGUUGAACAAAGGUGCUGAACAAGCCAAAGAUGUACUCAAAUGUGUGUGGUGCAAACAGAGCUUCCCGAGUUUAGCGGCAAUGACGACUCACAUGAAAGAGGCCAAACAUUGUGGUGUUAAUGUUCCCGUCCCUUCAAUGCAAUCAAGCAAUCUUAUUCCUCAGCCUCCCAUUUCUUCUCCUUCGAAUACUAAUACUAGUUCUUCUUCUACAAAUUCUACAAAGCCAAAUCAGUCUGAUCUUAAUAUGCUAAUCAAAGAAACAAUGCCUUUGCCAAGAAAAUUAGUCAGAGGCCAGGACGUGUGGUUAGGAAAAGGUGCUGAACAAACUAGACAAAUUCUAAAAUGUAUGUGGUGCGGACAGAGUUUUAGAUCAUUAGCAGAAAUGACUAACCAUAUGCAGCAAACGCAACAUUACACCAACAUUAUCUCCCAAGAACAGAUAAUUUCUUGGAGAUCCACUGAUGAUCCAAAGGGUGGUGGGGGAGGAGGCAGUUCUGCUGGUGGACCAAAUCCUCCACCAGGUGCAACUAGCAGCCACGUGAGUGCCGUUCUUACGUGUAAGGUUUGUGAUCAAGCUUUUACAUCGUUAAAGGAACUUAGCAACCACAUGGUGAAGAAUUCACACUACAAAGAACAUAUUAUGAGAUCGAUAACAGAGAGUGGAGGCAGGCGGAGGCAAACUAGAGAGAAACGAAAAAAAUCGUUACCGGUAAGAAAAUUAUUAGAGUUAGAGCGAGCACAACACGAGUUCAAAAAUGGGGAUAGUGGGGGUAUUUUAGAAAAGAUGAGAGAUUCUACUGGAGCUGGUAGGAUCACGUGUGAAAAGUGUGGCAAUAAGAUUGAAACGUCCCUAUUUGUAGAUCACAUUCGACAGUGCGUAGGAGGUAUGACUAGUAACCAAAGGAACUUUUUGAAAAACGCUUUAAUGUCCAGUAGUAUUUUACCCCCAGAAAGUCCAAAUAGAGAAAAACUAAAAACUCCUUCAGAUAAAUCUCCAUCACCUCAGCAAAGAUCUCCCUCCGUUAGCGACGUUAGUGCCAAGGAAGCAGUGACGCCCGAGAGUAAUAACGUUUCAUCACCUUCAGUAUUAAAUGCAAUUGAGAAACUGAUUGAAAAAAGUUUUGACUCGAGAUCAAGGCAGAAUACCAACUUUCCUGGACACGGGCCUUCUCAAGCACCAAUGGGUAGCAGUAUAUUAAAAAGACUGGGUAUAGAUGAAAGUGUUGAUUACACGAAACCUCUAGUCGAUGCUCAAACAAUGAAUCUGUUACGAAACUACCACCAUCAGCAACAAAAUCAAAUGUAUGGAAGGCGGGAAAGAAGUGGAAGUGAGUCAAGUUCGAUGUCUGAAAGGGGCAGCAGUAGGGUCGAUUCUCUUACUCCUGAAAGAAAAAUGGAGCCGCCUGGAAUACCUAUGACUAGUACACCUAGAUCCACACCCGAUAUCAAAAGAGAGAGGUCUCCGUUUGCCGAAAAACUUAACAGUGCCAAUGAUACAGAUAACGAACAGGUUAUAGUAAAAAAGGAAGUUGACGAGGAAGACAGGACGCGAAGCGAUAAUUUUCCAGAAGUUAAAGUGAAACGCGAAGUCAACGAAGCUGAAGAGGAGGAUCGUAGUAGUUUCCAUAGUAACGGUGAUAUUUCUAAAGAAGAGGACGAGAAAAGACGGACACCUGUUACGAGUCCUCGUCAACCAUCUGAGUCUGGACAACCUAGCAGUCCUUGUAGAAAUUCAACGGGAAGUCCAGCUAGUAGUGAGAGGUCUGGUACACCUAGAAGUACAAACGGUGAUAGAAAACAACCGGGAGGUAGCUUAGGAGCUCUUAGUUCCAUGUUCGAUAGUUUAUCUGGCUCCAGCUCGGCGAAUGAUUCGGGCCAAACGGGAAACAAGCGAGGUUCCAGCCAUCCUUUAGCAGCUUUGCAAAAACUUUGCGAUAAGACUGAAACUCACACAAAUAACAGGAGUCAUUCCUCAGCGACAGUCGUCAAUCCAUCUGGAAAUACAAGCAGUACUACGACAGCUAGUGGUACGACUCCAGGUGCAAUUCUAGCUUUCAGCUGGGCUUGCAACGAUGCUGUGAUGACGUCCGAUUCCAUCAUGAAGUGCGCUUUCUGCGACACUCCCUUUAUAUCCAAAGGGGCUUAUAGGCAUCAUCUGUCCAAGAUGCACUUCGUGAAAGACGGCGUGAUACCAGAUCCUGUUGCUUUAAAGACUUCCCAACCUUCAGGUUCUUCCAGUGCUGGUGUGCCGCUAAAAAGUACCACUGUUUUACCACCUAGCGUGUCGAGCGGCUCCGCCUCCACGGGAGCCAAGAGCCCCCCAGCUCCAGGUGGCUUCGAGGAGAGCCCGCACUCGAAGUUUCUUAAGUACACGGAGCUAGCCAAACAGUUGUCUAGUAAAUAUGUGUAAAUAGUGUUCAAUUCUGAGAAACAUUCCUAUUUUGUAAAAGUGAAGAUAGUCUUGAAGGCAGUCGCUUUGAGCGGCAUUUUGUGAUGUUAUCAUAUCUUAAAAUUCAAACCAAUAGUAAUAAUAUGUAGUGUUUAGUAUGUAUAUUCAUUGCGGAAUUACAAGAAUCUCAAGUGAUUAUAAUUGUUAUACGAAAAAAGUAUGUAUAUAAUUACGAAAUAAGACAGUAUUGUAAGGAUGUAUACUUUUCUCUUUAUUAGGGAAAAUUCGUCGGGUCGGACGGGAAACUAAACGUCACAAAUUAUUUAAUAUAUAAAUAUAGUGAUGUUUCUAGUGUCAAAAUUGUAAUACGUACUAUGGACGUGUAGGUUCCGGUCCGGCCUUCGAUCACGAGUAUUCCAGUCCCUAAUUAUUUAGAUGUAAAAAUAUAUAGUAGAAACGGAUGUUGCAAAAUUAUUUAUAUCAACAAAUACAUGAAAGAAACAAAAUCUUUCAAUUAAAGAAAAAAAUUUAAUUUUUGUAUUCUAGUCCUUAAUUCUUAUACUUUUUAUCAAAUAAUAUAUCUCAGAUGUAAUUUAUAAUAAAAAAUCAUAAGUAGGUUGAAGUAGGAUAAAAUCAUCACCUAUAUUAAAAAGUAUAAUGUGGCGUCGUAGUUGGAAAAUUGGUGGUAAAAGUGGAUAAAGAAAUGGCUUAAAACCACUAAUAAAUCAUUUUAGAAGACGUCUUCCAAACAACAGUUACUAUCAAGUACUUGUAAUACUUCUCAAUCAUUUUAGUGGAUAAGAUAUAGCGGAGGAACAUAGAACGUCUAAAAGAUUUCGUAAUCCAUCUGUAUUCCUAGUCAGGUUUCUCAGUUUACUUUUGCCAAUGCUACAUGCUUCCUUAGCAUCUGUCCUAUUUCAGAUAUCUUGACAGCUACCUAGCCAUCUCUUCUCUUAAGGAGUUUAGCUCAAAGCUUUCUUUUCAACGGCAGAAUCUGGUUUCCUAGGAGUGUGGCCAAGCUAUAUCGACUUCCGUUCUCUUAUCUGCAUUUCAGAAAUCGUUUGCUGCCUCCCCAAUUCUUCGUUUGCAAUAGUCUCAGGCCAUAAAAUAUCCACGAUUCGUCAAAGACUACGAUUGAUGAACGCUGAAGUUAUACUAAUAUUUUUCUAUCUACUUUCCAGGUAUCACCAGAGUUCAAGAGAACAGAUUUAGCAUUGAAGAUGCAAAGUUUGAUAUUUGGGGAGAUAUAUCUGUUCCUCUGGAAAUGCUAGAGCUGAAAAAAAUGCAGCGUUUGCCUUUCUAAUGCAACUUACAACAUCAUCUAGAGCCCCUCCAUCUGCUGUUCUAGAUAUACAAACGCGUCUAAUGCUUCUACUGCCCCAUCUCAAACAUUUAAAGGGAGAUAUAUAAUUGCUGCAUUCAACUUCAUCUUGUUGGUCAUCGGAGUAUUAAUACUAAUAUCUGAAGCUUUAUGCAGCACUAAAACACAAAUGUUGAUGUCCUCCAUGUAAUUGGUUGAACCCUACUGAAUUCCUUUCCUCCAGUUUUUUGUGACCUUCUUCAUGAUAAGAACUACUAGAACUAUUAAGAACUAAAUGGAUACCAUAACACAGCCGUUCAUGACUCCAACGUUCAUGGUGAGGACAUUUGACAGAUUGUCCUGAUGUCAGAUUUGACAUUAAAAUCCUGAAAUCCAUAUGUCGCUUAUAAUGUCAAUUAUCAGCAAAGGUAUAGCCCACUCGUCCAAAACAUUUCAAGACAAGAAUUGAAACUUUCUCAAAUGUAUAAUAGGUUGAAACCACAGAUUGCUAGGGUCCACAUGACCAAGACCGAAAUUUCAUUUUCAUGUAAAUUACACAUAACUUAAAAGAUUAGGCUAUGAAAUUUUUCCAGAACUUUCAAACCUAAUUUUCUUUUUAAUUUUCUGAGGACGAUUUCCGGAGUGGAAAUCGAAACGUCCAAUCGAUGGUUAUUUAAGAAAUGUAAGUUUCAUGACGCGAAUAAUAACAAUUGUGGCUCAAUCCUAUAUAAACAUAAUACUAAAUUAAACAUAAGAAUUAACAAAAGAACACAGUUUCGGAACCCCGUAUAAACACAGUAUAAAGUAUAUAAAGUAGAACCCCGCAAAUCCGAACCUCGCUAAUUCGAACGUUCGGCAAAUCCGAACCAACAGAAAGUGAUAAAAAUUAAAAAAUCCAAGACACAAACUUAAAAAGAUGUUUAUCAUACAGAGUAAACCUAGAGAAAUGAACAAUGUAAGAUUAAUAGGACUUUAACAUUUAAAAUGUCUUAAAAAUGAAUACGUUUUUUAUACGUAGUGCUUCUUCUUCUUUUUGUGCCACUCCUAUCGGAGAUUGAAAAUCAUCAAAGCUAUCCUGAGCUUGUUUACAGCUGACCUAAAAAGUUCAUUAGUGGUGCAGCCAAACCACUCUCUCAAAUUCCGCAACCAUGACAGUCUUCUAUGGCCUGGAUUGCGUUUUCCUUCUAUUUUUUCUUGCAUUAUAUUUUGAAGUAAUGCGUAUUUAUGUCCUCUCAUCAGGUGACCCAGAUAUUCUAGUUUUCUUCCUUUUAUCUUUAACAAAAUUUCUGGGUCGUAGUGUCGUUAACAAAAUACGUAGUGCUUAUAAAGGCUAAAUAUAAACUUACGUCGGUUAGUUCUCUUGUAGUCAACUACACCAAGUACUACAACUCCUGUAGUCAAGUCCAAAAAUAUUGCUCUCACUUUCGUGUUCUCUUUUACGUGACGUAGAGCCACAUCCAGAGCUUUAGUAGCAUCUGCGUGUGUCACUCGAUCUGGCAGGGAAACUUCUUGCUCCCUUUCUUCAUUUUCAUUAGGGUUUCCUUAAGGUUGAAACAAGUCUGCAAUGUAUUCAUCUGUAAAUAAAAAGAUGUUUAACUGCAAAACACCCUGGUCCAUGCGUUGCAAUAACAGGGUCACAUUUGGUGGUAGGAAAACAGCUUUAAUUUCAUCACAUAAGCUCCCUUUAUUUCAGAGUGUGAUGUAGCAUUGUCUAAGAAAAGUAGGGCUCUUUUGGAAAGCCUCACUUUCUUAUUGGAUUUUAAAACGGAUGGAACAACUUGUUUUUAAAACAAUUCCUUAAAAAGUGUACUAUUCAUCCAUGUUUCCUUUGGACCCUAUAAUAAACAGGCAAAGCGUUUAUGUUAUUCAAAGCUCGUGGUUUUUUAGAUUUGCCAACGACCGUUAACAGUGACAUUAAUCUGAGUUGGGUGGGAGAGGGAGAGAGUGAGACAGGUGCAGCGACUCAAAAUUAACGACAACGAAAGCUUUGAAUUAUUAUAAGUUACCUUUCGGAUAAUCCGAACUUUUCGGAAUCCGAACAGGCUGUCCCUUUAAUUAGUUCGGAUUUGCGGGGUUCUACUGUAGAUCAAUUGCUGCAGGUCAUAAUCAGUAGGCUAAUUUCUUUGUAGUUUUCAUUCACUUUUUGACCUUCUUUCUUGUGAAUAGAUAUAAUUAUUCUUAUGUUCCAGUUCCUUGUAGUUUUACGGAUCUCCAAAUCAGUUUUAGCAACCUGUGCAUACAACUCUUAAAUUUUCCUGUUCCGUGUGUUAGAAGCUCAUAAGGAAUCCAUCUGACUCCAUGAGGAAAGUUUUUACUUGAGCCUUGAUUAGUUCGUCUUUUGUUGAUAAGUUAUCUUGUCUUCCAUAUUUUGAAGUUGCAGUUCUUAUGUUUUAUACAGUGUUAUUUUUAUUAUUUGACCAAUUAUUUCCAAACAAUAUCGAAGAAGAGGUAAAAGACCAAAUAAUGAAAGCCAGUAGAACGGCCGGAUGCCUAAACGACACAAUUUAGAAAAACAAACACCUAAGAUUGAAAACAAAGGCCCGGAUAUAUAAGUCAGUUAUUAGGCCAGUUAUGACUUACACGGCCGAAACAAGACCAGAUACAAGCAAAACACGAAGACAUCUGGAAACCAACGAAAUGAAGAUCUUAAGAAAGAUCGCUGGAAAGAACUACAGGAUGGCAAUGGUAGGCAGUUGAAGCGUAACACUGGCCCUCUUGCCUUCCUUUUAUACCCUAUGUCCUAGAUAUAGCAGACUGCUAUAGUCCCUGCUGCAAAAGUAGUAUAAAAGGGUGACUAUUAUUAUAACAAUGAUUUUUGUUUCCUGGUUUGAGAACAGAAAUCCAGAAACCAAUAAAUUUUAAAAAGUUCGAAGCUUUAGUUCCGAAGAACUGAAGACUUUUACUGGAACCAAGUUCUGGUAAUACCUGUAUUCGUGCUUUCUAAUACUUGCAAAGCAGACCAACAAUGAAUUAAAAGAAGACUAGGGAAAAUAUAAAAUUGCAUUUCAUUACCUGUCUAUUCAUCUAGGUAAAAAUUCUAACGAAUCUUAGUUCCCUGUACUCAGAUAGUAGUAAAACUAUUAGAAGUAAUAGAAGAAACUCUAUUAGUUUUACUCCUAUCUGAAUAUACCAAACCAAGACCGUUGGAAUUUUUACCUAGAUGAUUAAACACGUACCUAGUGGAAUGCAAUUUUAGAUUCCCCCUAGUCGACUUUCAUCGUUUGCUUGCUUUGAAAGUUUUAGAAAGCACGAAUGUGGGUUGUUUACCAGAACUUGGUUCCCGUAGAAGUCUUCGAAAACUUCGAACUGUUACAUUAAUUUUUUCUUAAAAAAAUAAUGAACCAAAUUCUUGUAUGUAUUUGUUGAUGUUGAUGAUUUUGCUAUUAGCCGCUUCAUCUUAUAGUUGUUGGUUACUAAACCAGGAUUUUCCGAAAUUGUAGUGGUGAAAAUUUGACUUUCUCUUUGAGUAUUUGAUUUGAUUGUACGAGGAGACUUAAAGAACAAAUAUGAAAAAAUACAAAAUACAAACAUUAAGUAUACGUAUAUCGUAAACAUCUCAUCUUCCAACAAAGUUUUUAAAAUGACUAUUUAUCAAUAAUAAUUAUUAUAAUAUACUGAAUAAUACAAAAAAUGUAUACGCAAGCAAAACUAGCUGAUAUUCAUGGCGAAGCUCUUUUAUGUUUUCAAAAAUUGAACUUUAUUUAAUAUUUUGUUGUAUUUGAUCGCAAUGAAAGCUCAAAUAAAUACAUGUUAUGAAU